AUGGAGGCCGUAAAUGGCGCAGCAGCGGCAUCCGAGUCAAACGGCUCCGGAGGUGGACAAGGGCCUUUUAAGCUCAAGUUCUGCACCGUCUGUGCUAGUAAUCAGAACCGAUCCAUGGAGGCCCAUCUACGGCUCUCACAAGCCGACUAUCCCGUCAUCUCCUUUGGCACAGGCUCUCUCGUGCGCUUGCCCGGGCCGACCAUCACUCAACCCAAUGUCUACCAGUUCAACAAGACAUCAUACGACAGCAUGUACAAGGAACUCGAGUCCAAAGACCCGCGCUUGUACAAGAACAAUGGGAUUCUCAACAUGUUGGAUAGGAACAGGGAGGUCAAGUGGGGUCCGGAAAGGUGGCAGGACUGGGCUGUGGGGAUCCCGCGUCUGCAACAUGCCAAAGACCGCGGCCACGAGGGCACCGAGGGUGGCGUGGUGGAUGUAGUCUUUACGUGUGAGGAGCGCUGCUGGGAUGCUGUCAUUGACGACCUCCUUAGCAGGGGAUCUCCGCUGAACCGUCCCGUACACGUGAUCAACGUCGACAUCAAAGACAAUCACGAAGAAGCCCAUAUCGGCGGGCAGGGCAUUCUCGACCUGGCCAAUUCGCUCAACGCUGCUGCCGCGGAGGAGCGGGAGGCCGUCGGCUCAGCAGCAUUUGACGGCGGGGGCGCCGCCAGCCGGGCCAGCUUUGACGAGAGGGUGCCGGAGAUUCUCGCGGCCUGGCAAGAGCGGUGGCCCAACUUACCGCCGACAUGGACGCUGGCUUGGUUCUGA